UCCCGCCCUGGCGGUAAGUCAGUUGAUAAAUUCACUUCGGCAUUACAAAAUAUCCGCAGAGUGCCAACAUCGCGUUUGCCGAUACUUAAAUACUGAAUCUCAAUCACCGGAAAUUAUCCACAGAAUCUCCAUAGAACCUCCCUCAAAAUGUAUCCCUUCGGUUCUGGAAUGCCAUCGCACCCCCCUACCUCCACUAACCACCACGAGCCGCCACGGGCGCCCUUUGGAGCUGGUUGGGUGCCACCGAUGCAGCAGAACUCGCCAUACCCACCACCCUCCCAGCCACACCCACACUCACAGCCAUCGUCCCAAAUGCAUCCUCAGCAGCAUCAGCAAUAUCCAGGCGGAGCUCCAGCUCCGUAUCCACCUAUGUCGGCACCGUACCCGUCCGCCGCCCCAUCCUAUCCACCUUAUCCCACAUCGAAUCCCUACCCGGCACAAUACGCUCCUCCAGCGCACAAUCAUUAUCAGCAGCCACAUGUUUCGAACAGUCCCUAUCCCGCGGAUCGUGGAUACACACCAGCCAUGACAGCCGGAUAUGAUGCGGGCUAUGGCUACGGAAACGGACAAGGACAUGGACAAGGACAUGGACAAGGACAUGGACAAGGACAUGGACAAGGACAUGGGCACGGACAUGGGCAAGGACAUGAUCAUGGGCAUGGAUAUGGGCAGGGCUAUGGGCAUGGACAGGGGCAUGGGAAUGGUCAGGGGCACGCGCAUCGGUCACUCCCAGCUCACAGAGAGGGAACUCCCACUGUGGUGCCUGCCGCAAACUUCGAUGCCGUCAAGGAUGCCCACGACUUGCGCAAGGCCAUGAAGGGCUUUGGAACAGAUGAGGACGCUCUGAUUAACAUCAUCUGCCGGCGAUCCAACGAGCAGCGCCAGGAGAUCCAGCGCCAGUUCAAGACGCACUUCGGCAAGGACCUCAUCGAGGACAUCAAGUCGGAGACGAGCGGCAACUUUGAGAAGCUCCUCGUCGGCCUGCUGCGUCCCAUCGUGGACUACUACUGCGCCGAGCUAAACGAUGCCAUGGCUGGUCUGGGCACCGACGAGGAGGUCCUCAUCGAGAUCCUCUGCACGCUGUCCAACAUGGAGAUCAAUACGAUCAAAAACCAGUACUUACGAUUGUACGGCGCCCAUUUGGAGUCUGAACUGAAGUCGGAGACGUCGGGCAACUUCAAGCGGCUGCUCACCUCCUUGUGCACGGCGGCGCGGGAUGAGAGUGGUCGCGUGGAUCCCGUGGCGGCCAAGAACGAUGCCAGGGAGCUACUGAAAGCCGGCGAACUGCGCGUCGGCACCGAUGAGAGCAUGUUCAACAUGAUUCUCUGCCAGAGGAACUACCAGCAAUUGAAACUGAUAUUCCAAGAGUACGAGGGCAUGACUGGCCACUCGCUGGAGAAGGCGAUCAAGAAGGAGUUCUCCGGCGAUGUGAUGGAGGGCCUGAUUGCCAUCUACAGGUGCGUCACCAACAAGGCCGAAUACUUCGCCUCGCGCCUGCACAAGGCGAUGGCCGGAAUCGGCACCAAUGACACCCAGUUGAUUCGUGUGAUCAUCACGCGCAGCGAGAUUGAUAUGACGGACAUUAAGGUGGCCUUCGAACGUCUGUACGGCAAGUCCCUCAAGAGCUGGAUCAAGGGCGAUACUUCGGGCCACUACAAGCACGCCCUCUACGCCCUGGUGGGUGAACAGCGUUCCUCUUAAGAAUCUCCGCAUAUAUAUGUAUUAUUCAAACCAAAUCCGACGUGAAAUCAAUUAUUCGAAUAUGUAUUAUCUCUUCUAUAUAUUCGUUCAUUUACAUGCAUACAACAUACACGAACACGCCAACGAAGCCAGACAAUUAUGAACCACAACGUAGACUAUAAGUGCUCACAAAUAAUACCUGAACGGGAUCAGACAUUUGAUACCUCUUUCAAAGAAAUGAACGUGGCAACCCACGGUUGUUGUAUUUUAUUAAAAGACCUUUGUAUUUAAACGCGUUCGUAAAGACACAUAUUAUGGAAAUCGCUUGUUAAUUAGCUCGAAAUGAAAGUUGCUUGCAUCUUGGCAAGUGACCAGGGAAAUGUUGCAAUAAAAGCUAUGCUUUCUAACUACCGA